CCCCCCCCCCCCCCUCUUCAGCUUGAUCAUCAACCCCAUUAAGAAUGUCUGGGACUGGAUCGGGGAUGGAUCUCCCAUGCACAGCAGUCACUAACCACCUUGGCUGAACUACGGGUCCAAGAUGAAAGAUCUUGGAAUAUCAUACCACAGGAGGAUUCACAGCAUCUGUAUGACCGUUACCAUGCCAGGGUGGCAGCCUGUAUCGCAGCAAGGGAAGAUGCCACCCAAUAUUAUUAUGACCCUGCCUCAACAUGUACCCUGCUACAGAACCCAAAAUAAAGGGUGCACCACCUUGCUUGUGUGAUCAUUGACCAAGCACCACUAGCAGUUUAUACUCUCGUCAGUCUCAACUCAAUCUCAUGAAGUUUUCCAGGGGUUCUUUUUCCAUUUUCUGGUACAGUAAUACUAGUUUAUGAUGGAACUCAAAUGUCCCUCUGUCACAAGAGGAGCCACCAGUAUGUUGAGUGGGAGGUGGGAUCCUGUUGCAAAGAGGCCUUAAAGUGUGCCUCAGCUUAUAGCACCGAUAUAUGGGGUACAAAACACUUACAAUCAAAUGAGAAACUGCAUUUUCUUAAAACCAUUUAUUUUGCCCCUUUUAGUACUCAUUUUUCCAACCGUUUUCCGGACAUAUUUCAUGUCUUCUGCACUGUUUCUGUUUCUAGAAAUCUCAACCUUUCACUCCACAAAAAAACCCUGUUUGUGUCGGUCUCUUUCCUUCUUUUUCCUCCCUGAGUCUCUUUCCCUCCCCCUCUUCCUGUAACACAAAUCUGGAUCAUUUGCAACUUCACUUCAGACAUCCAUGCAAACAUCAGGAGAUACUCAGGAAGAAGCUUCACUUUCCGCAUCUCCGGCCUCUCCGCUUCAGUUUAUUAGAUUUACUGCAUUUUCUAACAUCUAACUUUACAAUUAUUAACCCCUCUAGUCCCAGUAUCACAUACAACAUCUUAAUAACCCUACCUGCUUCUUCCUAACAAUCCAAAUUCUGUUACUUACUGUGUAGAUUUAACAUCCUCUCCAGCUUUUCUCCACAACCAUCCACAUUACUAAGUGCCCAUCCCUUCUCACUCCAUCUACCAAGUAAGCUUCUUCUCGACUUCUCUGGAUUUCAUUCUCUCCAUCACUCUCAUCUUUCUAUACUUUUGCUGUGGCCCCUGCCUGGGGAUGAGUGAACAGGAAGGUGAAGACAGCUCCAGCAGCUUUUCUCUGGAUAAAGAAUUUCUCAACUCGCUGAAAGGACGUAUUCUACUGGCAGAGCUGGUCCUCUGCUUUGUGAUAUUUAUCUGUUUUGCAGCCUCUAUAUCUUCCUAUUUGGCAGCCCCCCUGAUUGAGCUUAUAAUCACUCUCAUGUUCCUCAUCCUUUUCUCAAGUCACUACCAUCUGCGUGUCACUGCUCUCAACUGGCCCUGCAUGGAUUUCAUGCGCUGUGUCUCAGCCGCAGUCAUUUUUGUGGUGGUCUCAAUUGUAGCUGCUGCACGGAGUUCAGGAGAUGGAGGAGCAAUUACAGCAGCUCUCUUUGGAUUCCUACUGGUAGGAGUAUUCUGUUAUGAUGCUUAUAUGAUUUACAAGAUAGAAAUGACAGAUCGGACAGCUGAGACCGGAGAUGGUGCUGCUAAUCCAUAAUGACCACCCAAGGACUGAAAACUGACACAUGGGAUUAAAACAGAGACAUUCUGACAUCAUAAGGUUAAAAUCCUCAUUAUAAUCUAUUCAAUACUCAUUUCACCUUCAACUUGUUCUGCAUUCUCGGUAUUUCUCAACAAACCUGUCCUGAGCCAACACAUCAAAGUUCAUAUAGGAGACAUAAAUGUGAAGAUUGUACUACAUCUGUGCCUAUUAAAUGUGUGUUUAUUCUA